GGAAAAGUGCUUUAUAUUCGUAAUAAAUACAAGUAAGAAGAGCCGAGGCUAGUGCAGCUAACAUCAAUCUUCUCCACUAUUGCAACUUUCUACAGCCGACUCUACAGCUUUCUGCAACGGUGGAAGUUAAAGGUUCCAAAGAAGAAGCUGAGCUUGUAACAAAAAAAACUGUCGUUCACACUUCCACGUUCUCUGUAUCCGACAAAACUCACACCCACACGUCUGAAAACCCCCCCAAAUCCUCAAGACGCCAGAGCUAUAUAUCAAUACCUCAGCCAACCUCCUCCCAAACUUGGAAAAGCGGGAAAAAAGAAAAGAAAAAAGAAAAAGAAGAAGCCCUCUCCUCGAGCAAACCACAACGUCAGCCGCUCUUCAACUUCUCUAUUCCACUCAACUCAAUCCGACCAAAAUCCAUUCAUCUCAUCCCCCAAAAUGCCAGCCCCAGACUCUGCACCACCGCCAACCCUCUACUUCGGCUACGGCAGCAACCUCUGGCUGCACCAAAUGCGCCUGCGCUGCCCGACCUCGCGCUACCUCGGCGUCGCGCGCCUGCCGGGCUGGCGCUGGCUCAUCAACAGCCGCGGGUACGCGAACGUCGUCGAGAGCUCCACCUCCACCUCCACCUCCACCUCCUCAAGCCCCACCGUUCCCGCCGCAGCCUCGUCGGCCCCAUCCGCGCAACCGCAACAGCACGCCGACAACGAGGUCUACGGCCUCGCGUACGCGCUGCUCCCCGCGGACGAGGCGCGGCUGGAUGUCAACGAGGGCGUGCCCGAGGCGUACACGAAGGAGUACCUGGAGGUGGAGUUCUGGGCGCGUCCUGACGGCUCGAGCGAUACGCCGGGGUGGACGGAUGUGGGGGGGACGCCGGAGAGGAGGAGCGUGUUGGUGUAUGUGGACCGGAAGCGGCGCGAGGAGGCGAAGCCGAAAGCGGAGUAUGUGCAUAGGAUGAAUAGGGGGAUUGCGGAUGCGUUGGCGAUGGGGGUGCCGGGGGGGUAUGUGGAGGGGGUUAUGAGGAGGUUUAUUCCGGAGGAGAAGGAGGGGGAGGGGGAGGUGGAGGAGAAGGGAAAGGUCGAGGAGAAGGCGUUGAAGCAGGCGGUUAACUUUAUAGAUGAGAAUACGUCGGGGGUUUAG